AUGCCACUCCUGACCUUCACCCUCCUGAUGCUGGGGGCCCCCCUGGCGCUGGCCGGCACAAGCUGCCUGGGGUACCUGGAUGAGAAUGACUCCUGGCAUCCGGGGUUUAGCUGCCAGCCCUUCACCUUCUGCUGUGGGACUUGCCACCGUCGGUUCUGCUGCAGGGACCUGAGCCUGCUCAUCUCUGAGUUUCAGCAGAAGCGCUGCUUGGGGUUCAGCCCCAAGGUCACGGCAGGCGUCGUCUCCGCCGUGAUCCUCUUUGUGGCCGUGGUCGCCACCACCCUCUGCUGCUUCUUCUGCACCUGCCGCUACCUGUCCCGCCGGCGCCGGCAGCUGCAGAGCCCCUUUGCAGGUGGGACAGUGCGGGCACGAGCGCCGAGGCGGGCGGGCUGA